UCAGACUAGGAAGUAAAGCUCGUCGCUGGCGCGACAGGAGUGAAUAGCGAUGGAUAGUAACAACAGCGGCAGUAGCGACAACUAACACUAGCUGGCGUUUUCCUCAGGAACCGUCGCACGAAUGUAUUUGUGAAGCCAGACUCCGCUGAGCUGAAGUUCUGAAUGUCCUCCUAGUGUCGGAGACGAUGACACCGAGAUGACUCACCGGUGGCUUGGACAUCUGUGAUUCGACAGAAGAUGAGACUUGCUCAGUUUGUCAGACUUGUCAUUGCUUGUAAUGGUUGCUACUGUCGGCGCACACGCCACACUGACAUGGACGGCAAACUAUAGUGAACCAUGUUUGCUGCUUUUUGCACAUCAAGCUUCCUAAAAACACUAAGUUCAUAAAUUAUCAUUUAGUUUGUUUUGAAUGGCCCUCAGUUGAUAUCCAGUGCUGACGAUGUCACUGGGCGAGCAGUCUCAAAAGUGGUUUCCAACCCAUGUCCAAGCCACUGUUCUGCAAGCAACCGGUUUACAGCCCAAGGGCAAAAAUGGCACCAACGAUGCCUACACCAUCAUCCAGCUGGGCAAAGAGAAGUACUCGACGUCGGUGGCCGAGAAGACGCUUAGCCCCGUCUGGAAAGAGGAAGCCUCGUUUGAAUUACCCGGUUUACUGUUGGAGGGCAACCCAGACGUAUAUGAACUCUGCCUUAUCGUGAUGCACCGGUCCUUGGUGGGGAUGGACAAGUUCCUGGGUCAGAGGUCCAUCAACCUUAAUGAAAUCUUUGACAACAAGCAACGGAAGAAAACUGACUGGUACUCCUUGGAGUCCAAGCCGGGGAAGAAGAGGAAAGACCGAGGCCGCAUUCAAGUGAGCAUCCAGUUCAUGAGGAACAACAUGACGGCCAGCAUGUUCGACCUCUCCAUGAAGGAGAAGCCCCGCUCGCCCUUUUCCAAGCUCAAGGACAAAAUGAAGGGUCGCAAACACAACGGCGGCGGCUUCAGCGACGCGUCUUCCGCCAUCCUGCCGCGCUCCGCCAUGUGCGACUCGGAGCCCAACCAGCAGUCCUCUGCACCCGAACCGCAACCCCAGCCUGAAGCCAAGGCCAAGAGGCCGCUGCUCGCCGGGGCCCACAAACUCUCUGCGGCCCAUUCCAUGUCGGAUCUCAUCGGGACCCACUUUAGGCCCAAACUGGAUUCCAUGAACUCCAUAGAAGAGAGCGGCGGCCCUCACCGGCGUUCCCAGAGCGUGGUGCCAGGCUACGAGGACGGAGAGGCGCACAGUGACCCUUUCACUGGUAUCAGUGACACCCUGCCACAGAAGUAUGCCACGCUCCCACGCAACCGCAACCCGUUCGAGGGGGAGCACGGGCAGCCGUGGGACCGGGCGGAGCGGAAGGAGAAAAAGGAGAAGGUCAGCCUACUGGAACGCGUGACGGGAAAGAAGGAGGGUCGCAAGACCAACAACGCGGGCCGCUCGGGCAGCUCUGGAGACCUGCGCUCCCCCAACCCCUUCAGCGGAGACUCGCAGGCAGACACCAACCCGUUCAUCUCCAGCUACAAAGCCAGUGAUAAAAAGUCAAAAGGAUAUGAAGACAUCACGUUUGGCCACAAGAAGAAGAAGGACAUCUAUGGCAAGAAACCGGAGGCGAAGAAGGAAAGCGUUCUCGCCUACAGCAAUCUGUCCUUCGAAGAAGUGGUGCAGGAACUCAUCAAGCAGAAAGAAGUGGUGAAGAAGAAGGACGCCCAUAUCAGGGAGCUGGAGGACUACAUCGACAACCUGCUGGUGCGCGUCAUGGAGGAGACGCCGAGCAUUCUACGGACACCCUACGAGCCCAAAAAGAAGGCGGGUAAACUUAGCAAAAAGUAGAGAGAAGGAAAAACGAAUGAAGGUUUAGCUGUAGCUCAUGCAUCGAUAUCAUGUGGUGAAAUCAGUGGGAAGGAACGGGACUGAUCAAAGCCAAAUGAAUCAUUCAUGUCUUUGCUUUAGGUGCUAGGGAUGUAGUUUUGAUAUACUUUUCUUUUCAAUGCGUUGGAUAUUUUAGUACACGCAGGUGCUUCGCCCUCUUUGUUUGGUACUUAAACAGGAUGAGAUCAAAUUUAGAACCCCACAUUUUGACAAGAAUUAGGUUUAGCGCUACAGUUUGCACUUGUGAACCCACAGAAGUCUGUUGCACACACAGCUGCCACCGGCAGCUUUUAACGUGCAAACGCAGCCAAAUUCAUGUUCACCAGAUGGUCGCGGUAGUAGUUGUGCGCGGGUUGCCGAAUAUGCGGCCAAACGGUGGAUGAGGCGGAGCUGUAGUUGCCGUGUUUACACUCGAGCACAAGUCUCAAACUUGCCACCGAUGUUGCGAAACACAUUUGGCGGAGACCACGGCAGCUAUGCUUGCGAGCCUCCUCUGUCUACAGAUGUGGACGAACUCUGCUCAGUGAUUCAUGGGAGUUCUUAGAAAGAGCGGGAGAGAGUUACUGUAAGAAGUUAGUAUCUGGGAGUCUGGUUUCUCUCCAGUUUACUGAGUCAUACAUUCUUUUUUUUUUUUUCUAUUAAACGAACAAACGUACAUUGCUGUUACUGACUUUUCAUUCUCUGCUUUAUUUGUGAUGACUAUCAUUGACUAUCAAGCUUCUUGGUGAUAAUUUUACGGACUUUUUAAGUGCAAUAAUCCCAACUUGCGUGUCUUGCUUUAUGUUCUGUUCUUGUUUACAUUUUAGUCUCAUCUCUCGAGUCGGACUCAUCUCUUUAAUGUUGAUUUGAUUCACUGUGUCGCAAACCUCCAUGGAUUCACCGGCCUUCAUCUCCGUCAAAUCCAGUUUUUGCUCAAGAUUGUGUUCAUGGUACCGAGCUGCACAUGUGGAUAUAUGCUUAACAAUCUUUAUUUAUAAAUGUGUCAUAGCUCAUUUACAUAUGAACACUGUUUUAAUGUAUUUGUAAGGUACUUUAUGGUAAAAGCGCUACUUUAUCUCGAUACCCACCACCCUAUCUACUGUAUUAACACGGUACAAAUCACAGAGGUCUUUUUCAUUCAUAGGUGUUCACGUAUGUGUCGUACUGAUAGUUUUUAUAUGUAAUUCCCAUCAGCAUUAAUAUCUGUUUACGCAUAUUAAUUGUGUACCGUGCCUCAGUAUAUUUCAGCUGUUUUUGCAUUCUUUAUAUUGUCAAAACAGUCCAAAUUCUAACAUUCAUAUACAGUAAGAUAAGUAAAUAAAGAGUACUAAUGAUGAUCAGCUCGUAAUUGAUCGAGGUGAACAGCCAAUGAGGUCACAAGUAUCAGUUUGACGGCGCGCGUCAGAAGCUAACUGUCCUCAUUUCACAGUGUUCGUGUCAUCGCACGUGUCUCCUCAAUCAACAUAUGUUGUUUCCAUGUUGAGCUCCUUUUUUAAUUCUGUGAAUUUAUCAGUUUCUACCAAACAAACGCCGAACGUGAACUAAAUGACUACUUAAAGGUCCAUCUCAGAGAGAGGCCUCGCUUUGAAUCCCCUGUGCUUAAGCUGGCUGUUGCAGAAGAAUCACUCGCUGGUGUUUUAGGUUUAAAUUCUUGUCUUUUUAGUGGAGAGCAGCUUCAUGUUCAGUGUUAAAACACACUUUGUAUUAUAGUACCUUUACUCGGUCUGUUUGUCAGACGAUGGUCCACUUUGUCCCUUUUGCCGGUAUUGUUUCUGCUAUUUGUAUCCAGUCUUUUACAAUAUCUGACCUUUAAACUGUACGAUACCAAAUCACAGCUGAUCUACGGACUGUCAACGGUCCAAAACACGCGUUGAUUGAAGGUUUUCCUGAAUGUUGCACCACAUGUACAAAUUAAUUUCUGCUGCUGUAAAAGUAGUCGCUUUAUCCGAAGGGACUUGACGCCCAAAUCUCUACUACUGAAUGUAUUCUGGUUGGCUUUGAAAUACAUAAUUCUGCAAUGUUUAAUGAUAUACAGAACACUGACGAGGCCAUUGAACCUUGCUUGCCUUUGAAGUAUUUGGUGUAUCCAAAGAGAUCAUUUCAGAUGAGUGAUUUUAUUUUAUUUUUUUGUCCCCUUCUCUCUAUUAGUCUGACAAAACGCCGACAUCUUCAUUAUGAACAACAAGUUGUCGUCGGUAUGUGCGGUUUUGUGCGAUGAUGUGACAGACGUUGGGUAACUUCCUUUGUAUUGGAGAACGAAUUUUUGAUCGCAUAUAUGUUCAUAACAUGAAGAGUGUUGUGCGAUACUAAUUACGAUACGUGGAUAAGAAUCUGUUCUCCUCACUGAUUGCCUUCCUACAUGUGCUGAAGUGUGAACUCUUCAUUUUACCAGCUUUACCAGCCGCUUUAACUCGUCUGUGGUUGUAGUUAGUCGCUUGUUCAUGGACCUCGCCGAGCUCUUAAUGCUUCCAAUGUACAUAAUGUAUAGUCACUUUGUGAUAUCACUUCACCCCCUUUUCACUUUUUGCACAGUGUUGUUGUGCUGUAAAGUGUUUGAACGUGUGCUUCCUGGGGUCAAAGUUGCGAGUUGAGCUAAAUGAAAUGUCAACAGUGGGAAUAAAAAGUGUAAAACGGAAGGAAAAAUAAUUCACCACCCAUCUUGUAUUAGAGCUAAACGAACAAACGAACAUGCCUUCUGUUAGUUUCCCAUGCUAGCACAGCGACGAUGGUGGUGCAGUUAGUGUGUAGACGGUGUUGUACAUCAAAGAGUACAACUCAAGAGUAUAGAACAGGUGAUUUACACUCAGGUCGACAUUGAGCCCCUAAGCGCCACCGCAGUGCUCCGAUGAUACGAUAAGGUCUCAACAGAUGCAUGUACACAUUUGGCCCCUGAGGUUAUGUAGUUCAAAUGAAUUGAUUUAGCCUGUCAUGUCUUUCAGCUUGAUUGCUACGUUUUCUUUAUGCUUUGACAUAAUUCGGUGCUUUGGAAGACGUCAGACUAAAACACAAAUCUGAAUGAAAAGCAUUUUCAAAUGGUUUUCUAGCACGGCAUUGUAAAAGGGUACAUUGCAAAAAAAGAACACGAACAACAACCUGCAUCAUUAUUAUAUACUUCUUUCUUGCGUAUUUGCAUAAUAUUUGUCAUCCAAUUAAUGCCAGUAUUUGAAUAUGCAAAGCACUCAAAAAUGCUCUGAGGCAAAAAUGUCCUAUAAAAUUUGGCGAUGGCCUGUAUCGUAAUUUAAAUUAAUACAGAUUGUUUUGCACAUGCAUUUAAGUACGUUUUGUAAGUGUUUAAGGUGAAUGUCCCGUUACCCCCAAAAAACAAUCCAAUACAAACAUAUGGGGAUUUUCUUCCCCCAUGUUGACGAAGCAUGCGUCGAACCUUCAGAUGAAGAUGACACGAAGCUCAAGUCGGAUCUCCCAGUCCUCCUCUGGCAGUCUCUUAAGUCUUCUGCUGAUAAUAUGAUGCUGCUUGCCAUAGGCCACAUACAGCUGCCAGACACUAAGACUUAAGCUGCCGCUAAAUCCCCUGACGGUGCUUGUAAUGUGGCACACAGUUUUUGAAGGCAAUGAUGGCUGUGUUUAUAAAAGAUCUCGGCAGUUAGCAGAGCGCCGUUGAGUUUACGGAAUUGUGCGGAGUAGGGUGCACAGAGACGCAGAGACAAUUCAUUUGAGUUGAGUGCCCCAACAUGGUGGAGGCCUGAAAUGUCAUUUUUGAUGCGAACAUGUUGGUCUGCAGUCAAUGUGCACUGAGGCACACCGCCUUGUCAUGUGAUAAGAUUUAAGAAAACAACAAAAAAAACAGUCAAUUGGUGUAUUUGGAUUCUUGUCACUUCUGCAUGUCAAUCAUAGGUUUCAAUUAUGUAACACUUUAUAUUAUUGCAUAAUUAUAUUAUGGCAUCUUCCUGAUCUAGAAGCCGUUGGUUCCACUCAAUUGGGUUCUUGUACAUCAACCCUCAUCGCGCUACCUUAUUGUGGUGUAGCUAACUACAGUGUGUUGGUUGGUUAACAAAAUGUCAUCAUCUGAGAAGGUAGAGGAGGUUUUUUUUUGUGUGUGGGUUUUAUUUUCCCACGAUAGCCAAUAUGCAAGACUUUCAUACCCGAAUGUGUGCGGACAAGAAUGUAUGGGUUUUUAUUAUUGUAGGUCUGGAAACAAACUUGGCUCUAGAAGAUGUAUGUACUGUAUUAUGUAUUGACAGUAUAAUACUGUUAAUGACUGUACAUUAAGUGCCAACAGGUGCACUAAUUCAUGAGGAUUGGGUGAUGCAUUUCUUAAGAUUUACACAUUCUCAUUGUACUAGAGUUUCAAACAUUACCUUUUCGAUAUUAUCAUCACCCUCAUUUUCAUCAAAUUCCAAUGUCCUUUUCAAUAAACUCACUGUAAAUGAAAACUGCUUUGUUUCACUUUUUUUCAGGCAAUAAGAUCAAAAGACUCUAAAGACGCAGCAGAUCGGGUUAAUCAAACUCUGCAGUGUGAGUCUGAUGAUAUUCAGCUGUUCCUUUCCUUUAACACCUGUCCCAUCAUAAAUGAAA